AUGGACGGACCUUCUCCUGCUGAAAUGAACGCCACCAACAUAAACCGACAAUCAAAACGCGACAAAGCUCUCACCAAAGGCAACCAGCUUUUGACCACAAUGGAAGUGACCCUCAACAACCAUGGAAAAUUAAGGAAGCAACAGUUCAAGACCCUCAACAAAGCGAUUGUCGAUUCUUUCUAUCUUACCCAUGAGCUUCGACAAGUUCUUGUCCAACAUCUUCACGCAAGUGGCUGGAUCGUCUGUGGCUGCCGCUCAGAAGCCGACACCUGCAUCGGAUCCAAUUGCAAACAGGACGACAUCGUCAUCACCUGUGACAUUGACACGCUAGUUUACAGCAACAUCAACACCAUCUGGAGACCUUUCGGUCGUGCCCGAUACCUCGUCUACCAUGUCUCUGAUCUGUUACGCCAACUUGAGCUUUCAAGAACAGGACUGACCACCCUUGGAAUUGUCACCCAGAACGAUUACGGCAAGGGUGUCCACAAGAUAGGAGUCAAGGGAAACUUUAAAGUCAUUCGGGCUCUGGAGACAGAAGAUCGGCCGCUGGUGGUCAAGAAGGAGAGCGAACUACAAAUUUCAUUCGAUACCCCACUGUCGACCGUCCUCCAAGUCAGCUACCUCAACCUCACACCUCAGGACGGCCAUACAAUUAUCGGGAGCGCUACGCGUCAGCCAAAAACCCCAACAGCACCACCAAUACCGGCACCAGUACCGAAGCAGGACCCAAUACCGAGGCAGGCCCCAGCACCAACGUCGGCGCCACCAGCCCCCACCGAAAAAGAAACAAAAGUCUACCCCCAAAAAGAUCAACCUGCAGCGGAUAAGAUGACCAAGUUUCAGCUCGUCAAAGCCAUGCAACGGGAACACCCUCUUCGAACCUUGGACAUUGGAACCCUGAAGGCGAAUACGUCUCGAGCACUAAAGAAGGAGAUUCCUUACGAUGCGGAUUUACAGCAAAAGCUCCAGCAUGCGAUCACCACGUGUCUCUCGGAUAUCUCUAAACUCGCUUCGAGAACGAAACUUCGUUGUCAACAGGCAGUUGGUCAAUACCUCGAAAACCUCUCUGUCGAUCACCUUGAUGAGGACGACAGAACCAGCUACUUGACCCCUUACUUCUCGGACCAGGAGAUCGAGGAGGCCAAAAUGGGCAUCAACCCGAACUCAGAAGAGGAGCCAUCUGACAACAAGAACAACCCAGAGGCAAGCAUCGACAACAAGAACUCUCCAGAAGCUUUUUCUUUUCGCAUCUGGUUGCCAUCUACAAGGCUAGCGCUCCUAAGAAAACAAAGAAUGCAGCAGAAGAAGAAGAAGGGACUCUUGCCCGAGAGCGCUCCAGAUCAUGCCAAUCUAGACAAGACUCCAACGGAGAACUUCAUCAUUAUGAACAGGACGAUCGGAAGAAGCUGGCGAUUAUCACCAAUGUCACCCCGUGGAAGAAAGUUCGUCAUUCUCUCAGAGGAUGAGCUGGUCAGGAUCUUCUGGACAGACGUGACCCUACGGAAACAGCUACAGAGUUUCGCCCAUCCAACUCUCCCAUCUUUCACCGACCUUACCCGUAUUCCUCAACUGUUCACAUAUCCAACAUUCGGGACAAAGGCUUCGUAUUCGAGUAAGGUCUAUGCUCUCCGAGGAUCGAUCAAGACGGACGGAUAUCGGAUCCAGUUACUCGCCUUCAAACUGAAUGAACUCAAUCGUGUCAAGUACCUACAAUUGGGCGAGAACAAGCUACCAGACCCACUAAUAUCGACGCUUGGAGGCACUGACCACUACCUCACGGAGAUCCGUAACGUGGUCAAGACAAUAGAGGACGUCAAGCGGAUCUGGGAUUGUGACCCGAAGGAAAUCAAGGUUCUCGCGACUGACUUGGGGAAGGGACAUGCAGUCGAGGGUACGGAGUCAAUUGCUCACAAGGAGACCAACUUGCCGUCGCUCCGUGGACCAGAAGCGUCGAUCACCAAAUAUGUCAAGCAGUCCAGGGUUGCCCGAUCGUUGGGUUAUAUUGUAGUCGGUGUAAAGGAAUACUAUACAUCCAAGCGGUGUCCAGUCUGCCACGAGUUUGUUGGCCAAGUCGGCAUCCGUCAGCUGUAUUGCCCCACUUGUGGCGCCAAGAUGCAUCGAGACGUUAUGGCUGGCCAUAACAUGUGCAACAUCAUCCAGGGGCACCUACUUCACCACAAGCGCCCUCACUACUUGCAACCGUACGACAAGAACGGCGUCUACAUUUGGGAAAUGGAGGAGAACACUCAAUCUGUCAAGUUACGGAAGGCGCAACGAUUACUCACUUCGGUGACGUAA